UCACAGAGCGGGGAGAUGUUGUCUUCGGGCCAACUAAUGGAAAAGUGUCUACAUAUGGCUAUGAGUUUUGCAGCAGCGAUGACACGGUGACAGAGGGUCAUGUUGUGGUAGGGUCGUGGUCGCCCUACAGCGGGAUCAGGUCGCAGGAAAGGGUGUUUAACAACGCUUUCAAGGACUUUGGAGGCAGAAAGCUGUUAGUUGGCAGUAUAGAGGCAGCACCGUUUGUGAUUAAAAGAAAGACGGAAAAUAGAACUGAAUUUGAGGGAUUCUGCAUUAACAUUUUACGGGAACUCGCCAACAAACUCAAUUUCACGUAUGAAAUUAUCGAAGCACCUGACAAAAUGGCUGGAGCUAAAGAUGGCAAUGGGUCUUGGACCGGUGUUGUAGGGAUGGUACUGAGAGGUGAGGUUGAGUUUGGUAUCGGUCCGCUGUCUAUCACAACACAGAGAGAAGACGUCAUAGAUUUCACGAUACCCUAUACAGAAGAUGGAGUCGGCAUCCUGACCAAGAGAAAUAAACAGGAUUCGCAGGCCAUGUUUCGUCUCUUCACGCCCUUACAGCCUGUUGUGUGGGUUUGUCUUGGAGGGUCAAUCAUCGGUGUUUCUUUAAUCCUCUACGUAAUCAACCGGCAAAGUCCUUUUACAAGACGGGAAGGUCUGUCCUUCUUCAGCUGUUUCUGGGCGAUACUUGGCUCCACACUUAAUCAAGGAUCUGAAAUGCAACCGAAGUCGAAUUCUGGCAGACUUGUGCUUGGAUCCUGGUGGGUUUUCACCAUAGUGUUCGUAUCAACAUACACUGCCAACAUGGCCGCCGUUCUAACGGUCACUAUUUAUGAUAAGCCAAUCAACAGUCUUGCCGAACUAGCCAGCCAGUCAGAAGUGAAACCGGUGGUCAGAAGCGGAACAAAUAUGUAUGCUCUUUUUAAGGAUGCGACAAACAAUAUAUACAAAAACAUAUGGUCUAUGAUGGACACUAUGCCAAACAUUACAAGCAGUGAGGAGGCCUUAGCUUUGGUGCGCACAAAAAACUUUGCUUAUAUUUCAGACAGGUCACAACUUGAGUAUAUCCAACAGAAAAACUGUGAAAGUUACAUGUUGGCAGACGACAUUUUCAAUACUGGCGGCAUGGGAUUCGUUGUACCAGAAAAUGCUGCCUUUCUCACAUCAAUGGACCUCAUAAUCAUGAAACUCCAGGAAUCAGGGAUCAUUGAUGGCUGGAGAAGGCAAUGGUGGAAAGGUGAAGGAGGCCUCUGUAAUACCAAUGAUCGAGUGAACUCAGCCAAUCAGCUGGACCUCAGUUACUUGGCUGGCUGUUUCUUUGUAUUCCUCGGUGCCAUGGCUCUUAGUGUCCUCCUGGUAUUUAUAGAAAGACUUUUGGUUACAAACUGUUGCAAACGGUUAUUUCAGCAUAAUCUCCUCUCGAACACAGGAUGA